AUGACGCCGGGGGAGGAUGGUGAGCUGGCCUGGCACCCGUUGUUGGGCCCACAGGGUGAUGGGACAGAAAAGCGCACGACGGGAGCCCCAAGAUUCCCAGCGGAUGCAACAGGAUCGCUCUUCCUGAGUCCUGAAUGGCAAUGUUGCUUACUGGCCGAGCCUGGGCCAUGGACAAUUUGGCGCCAAAGCUAUAAUGGGAAGCACACUGUUUCAGCCGGAUGGAGGGAACCUCUCUCCAUGCUGGAUGCGAAUGGCAGAUAUAACCGGAUUUGGGGGCACGAAUUUAAUUUAUAUGCUCCCGAGGGCGGCGCGGUGGUCUAUUACAAUCGGUGGGACAACAGCUGGACUAAUGGAUAUCGACUGGCUGCACUUCCACCCCUGGAUGGGUUUUGUGCCGUGGACGUGUUCGACAUCGGUGGCCGGGGGCGUAUCCCCGGGGCGUUGUUUAGAAGGCGCUAUAACUAA